UUCAUAUAAAUGCCAGCGAUAUUCGUGGUUGAUGCCACAGAUUCGAUACUCUUCAAAUCGGCAUCACGAUCCGUGGAGAAUCAUCAUCGCCAUGCAGUACACAAUACUGAUCCUCGCUCUUGUUGGCUCUGCCUUGGGGCAGUUCGGAGGUUUCAGAGGUUUCAAUCAAAAUCUCUUCCCGCAGACACCAAAGCCUAGUUAUCAACCACAGCCGAAGUAUCAACCGGAAUACAACAGCCCGUACAGUGGUCGGUUUAUAGCAAUUCGUAGCCAGCAACGCGAUUCUUUCCCAGAUGGCACGUACAACUGGAGCUACGAGACAGAAAAUGGAAUUUCAGCCCAGGAAACUGGUCGCCCUAAAGCAGGUGGUGGUCCUGGACAGCAAGCUGAGGCGGUGCAGGGUAGAUUCUCGUACACGGCACCCGACGGUACACCUAUUCAAGUGGAAUACGUGGCAGACGAAAAUGGCUUCCGUCCUCAGGGUGCUCAUUUACCAACGCCACCCCCAAUCCCAGAGGCCAUAAGACGUGCGCUUGCAGCGAAUCCACCCGGACCUGACGAUUCGAACUAUGGACCAGCUUACAAUCAAAUACCGUAUAGAAGAUAUUAAAAUCCCAUCUAGUGUCGAGGGCGACGCCAUUGCAGCUUCCUCGGUGUCAAGGACACCGCGCGAUAGUUCGAACGACGUUCUUGCCUUUGGUAUCUUCCUUCUCUGCUCAGCUUUCCUAUAUGGAUGCAAGACCUCGUGUACGAACCUGAGAGAAAGAGAAAGAGAAUGGAGUAGGUUCGCACACCAAAGCCUCAUCAUUAUAUCUAACAUAUACAUAUAUAUUUUUAAUUACAUUUACGGCAGGAAGGAUGAUGACACGACAUUUGCCUAAUCUAUAACAACAAUUUCGUAAUAAAUCAAUAAAUCUUUUAAUAACUUUUGA